AUGAAAGUCUUUUCUUCGAAAGCCGAUCAACAGGCACCGGCCCAUCUUCGCGAACCACCCACACGCGAACCAGCUUUCCCUGCGUUUCCCAUCAAACUCGAGUGGCUACCGACCCUGGAAAGGAGUGCCGAUCGCGAGACCCCAGCAAAUAUUCUCAACACAACGUGGAUUAGAUCAUUUACGGGGGUUGACCUCCCCGAGGAGGUCAUCCCGGAUCCCGAAGCGGACAUGUACGACUCGGCGGAGAUCGAGCUGGACGGAUCCCCAUUCCACAAAACAUCAAGGCCGCGACGCAGCGGAUUGCAUAAUACCCAAGGUCGAUCAUGGCGCGACACCUCGAAACGCCGAUGGAGUUCCUCGUGGUGGAUUGUUUUGGUCUGUCUAGUGACCUUAGCGUCGCCAACCGCUGCCGUUUUACUGGACUUUGACAACUGUUUAUCCAAAACUAUCCUCGAAUCCGACCCCUUACAACUGCAAUUCGUCCCCACCAAUGUCUCCGUCCAGUUCAACCUUACCAAUCCCCUUAACCCGCUCAGCGUGACGGUUUACGGCAAUGUGUCAGGCACUGUGUCGCGAACUGCGAACUAUCCGGCGCUGGACUCUCCAGAUUGGACUAACGAUAAUUGGACUGAUGGGAAGAUCGAGGACGUAAGCACUUCGAACAACAAAUACAGUACGUUGUUUACUGUGUUCGAUGUGCUUAGUUUCACCCCCUUCAACAAUGCCUCCCGGUUCCGCGACUCGGUCACGCAAGGCACCUUCCCAUUGGCUCCGGUUUUCAAGUAUAACAUGAGUGAUUUGAGCACGUUGUUAGCGUUCUCCGUUCAGCAUGAUAUGCUUUCCACGUACCGCUUUGGAACGAUCAUACCGCAAUUGUUGGUCCGCUCUGGAGAUGCCUCCGCGACGGAUCUGAGCUGUAUCACUGUGAAAAUCACACCCGACUUUGGAGCGUCUCUGAAAAAUGCCAUUGCCUACGUGCCUCUGGUUAUUCUAAUCUUGGUCGGUAUCGCCACCAUCACAGCCGCUAUGUAUAGUCCAUGGGGCACAACGGAUCUUUUCCGAUGGACAAGCAACUACGGUCGGGACGAAGACGUUCUCCGUCUGGUGACACCUGGGUUCUCAGACUGUCUUCAGUAUCUCCAGUUCGUGGUUUUGACAGGCGCACUUUCUUUGGACUACCCAGGUUUCUACCAGCCCGCGGUGAGUCAGGGUGCGUGGUCGGCUCUCAUGUUCAACCAAAGUUUCAUAAAUCCUGGCAUUGGCCGUGACCCUGUUGUGGAUGGCAUUUAUGCAGUUAAGGGAGACUAUGGCCUGGACAGACUGAAUCAGUACGUUGGCAUGGCUUCAUCUCAGGAUAUCUGGCCCGGUAUGAUGAUAUGGACGUUGGUGAUCCUGGCUUGCGUGACAGUGAUCUUCCAGAUCGCUUUCGCGCUCCGAUGGCUACACCGUGAACUGGCCAACAACACCGAUCAGGACUUGCGGGCGAGAAACUUGCCAUUCACUCUGGGCAAUCUCAUCCGCAUAGUUUUCAAUUUUCUACUUCUUCCCAUAGUCGCUCUUUCGUUCUUCCAGUUGGUUCUCGCCGGUUCAUCGGCUGCCUACUGUGUUGCUUUGGCGGCUGUAGUACUCGUGGUACUGGUGUGCUUUUCACUUUGGGUCAUCCGAGUGAUCGUUUCCACCCGACCGAAGUCUCACCUUUUCGACGAUUUGCCCACCGUCCUGGUUUAUGGCCCUCUAUACAACACUUACUGUGAUGAUGCUGCAGCCUUCGCCAUCGUGCCGAUCAUACUUAACAUCGCCCGUGGAGUCGCGGUCGGUGCUUUGCAGCCCUCUGGUAUUGCUCAGGUCGUAUUGUUGGCCAUUUGUGAAGUUGUUUCUGUCCUGACCCUGCUAGCCUUCCGACCUUUCCCGGGACCUAUCCAUAUGAAUUUGUACCACUGUCUCUUCUCCGUCGUGCGUUUCUUGACUGUCAUUCUGAGCGUGGUCUUCGUCCCCUCAUUGACAGUCUCAGACGCUGCCCGGGGCUGGAUUGGGUACUUAAUACUUAUCUUGCACGCCAUGGUACUGAUCUUUGGGUUCUUCCUCAACGCAAUGCAAACAUUGAUCGAGGUUCUAGCACGCCUGGCCGGUGCUGGUGGUGCUACACGUGGUGGUUUGAACAAGGUGCUGGGUAUGCGCCAACUAGCCAGGCGCACUGCUCGAAGUGGUAUUGCUCGCCAGAGCAUGGGCUCCGAAGCUGCCAUGCUCGGCCAUACCGACGAUCGCAUGUCUUCACAGUUUGAUGGGUCGCGGCCGCGCAGCUUCUCUGGUAGCUCUGCUCUGCUUUUAAACCGCGCAACAGCUAGUGAGGGUCGGGCUAGUGCCAUCCUUGACUAUGCCAGCUCGCAGGGUGGCACCCAUAGUCGCGCUGCAAGCGGAGGGUUCCCCACGCCAACAUCAACGGCUUACCAAGGAGCUGGCUUCCCCAGUGCACCGAACAGCCCGAUGGUCGGAAUGCAUCCUCGUGAUCCAUACUAUCGACCUCCCCGACCUGGUCGAAGAACACCUCAAGGUAGUGUGUCCUUUGAGAAGGGAAAGAGUCCGUCGAGAGGCUUCUUGAAGUCGAAGUCAAGCCGGCGGGCGGUUAAAUAUGAUGAGGACGGAGAGGGAGGGCCAAUGUCUGGACGGGCUACCCCUGUACCAGCAUAUCUGUCAGCUCCCAAGGAUGACAUGGAACUCGAUGCGCCGCUCCAGCCAAAGGAUUACGCUGUCCGUGAGGUCGAUUUCUACUACGGAGUCCGAGGUCCACCGCUGUCCCACAGCGGCACCCGAAAGCUGAAGACUGGCCCAGCAGACCCCACAGGUCCAGUAUCCUCUGCAACAGGGUGGUUCCGAGGUUUGCUUCAAGGGAAAACGAAGGAUAAGGCUAAAGGAUUCGAAGUCGUCCGAAGCGCUCGCGCACCUCCCCCAGGCAUGUUCCCACGAGGGAGCUAUAACGAACAUUACCAAGACGAUCCAGAAGCGCCAUCAGGUAGCCACUCUCGUAAUGUAUCCACGGGCAAUGUUCCAUACGACGACCCAGACGGUGACCACACACCCGGGCGGUCAAGCGAGACCCAUCCACCCAUCCUACCCUUAAUCAACACGUCAGUUGGCGGUGGCAUCGAGCUACCCAGUCGCACAGGCUCUCGCCACACACAAGUAGCCGGGGAACAAGACAGCGACCCAGGGGCCGGCCUACCACUUGUGAGAGAACCCCUAUCACAUGAAACUGGUGCAGGUCAAAACUCCAUCCACUCAGAACACCACCUGCAACCUGAAAACGCAGCACGCUUCCCUCUGAGUGGAAACAGCUCGCCGUCUCGCGAACGCGGUCUCUCAAUAACGUCAACCUCAAGAUCCCGGUCGAAUGCCUCAAGCCACCAGAACGGCCAACGAACCGAACGACCAUCAAGCAUGGGCUACGUCCCCCAACAUAGAGCCCACGACAACAUCCACGAAGCAAGUCCAGACGAGCCUUCGUUUGCCGGCAGUUCGGCAGAACUGGUCGACGAAGCCGCCAUGCACGGUGAACGCGACCACUAG